AUGGUUGAAGCAAAGAUAACCGGUGAAGUGAUCGGAAUCGACCUAGGCACGACCUUCUCCUGCGUCGCCGUCGCCCGAAAGGGCCGAUCCGUCGAGAUCAUAGCCAACGACCAAGGCAACCGGACCACCCCUUCCGCCGUCGCCUUCUCCCCCGCCGCCGCCGGUUUCGAGCGCCUCCUCGGCGAAGCCGCCAAAAACCAGGCCACCCUCAACCCCCGCCGCACCAUCUUCGACGUCAAACGACUCAUCGGCAAAAAAUUCCACGACCCAGAAGUCCAGAACGACCUCAAAUACCUGCCCUACCCCGUCGUUGAAAGAGACGGAAGGCCUUGCGUCGAAGUGGAAGUCAACGGCGAGCAGAAGAAAACCUUCACACCGGAAGAAAUAAGCGCCAUGGUGCUGGGUAAAAUGAAGGAGACCGCGGAAGCCUACCUUGGGAAGCAAGUCACCAACGCCGUGGUUAGCGUCCCGGCCUACUUCAACGACUUACAGAGGCAAGCCACCAAGGACGCAGGCAUUAUCGCAGGCCUUAAUGUUUUGCGGAUAAUCAACGAGCCUACUGCUGGUGCCCUAGCCUACGGUGUGAACCAGGACCCAAACACAAAGAGGAACAUUCUGGUUUACGAUUUAGGUGGCGGGACGUUCGACGUCAGCGUUUUGGAGAUCGAGGACGGCAUAUUCCAGGUACUGGCCACCGGUGGUGAUACACAUUUAGGUGGGGGAGAUUUCGACCAAAGGCUGAUGGAGUAUUUUGUCGAUCUGAUAAAGAAGAGGUACAGAAAGGAUGUUAGUGAAGACGGGAAAGCUUUGGGGAAGCUGCGGAGGCAAUGCGAGAGGGCCAAACGGGUAUUGAGCAGUCAGAUGCAGACUAGAGUAGAGAUUGACUCUUUGAUACAAGGGAUUGAUUUUUCUGAGCCGCUGACGAGGGCAAAAUUCGAGGAUUUGAAUUUGGAUCUUUUUGAGAGGACACUAGAAGUGGUGAAGUCGACACUAAAAGAUGCCAAGGUAGAGAAGGACAAGAUUGACGAGAUAGUGUUGGUUGGAGGAAGCACAAGAAUUCCCAAAGUGAGGGAGAUGUUGAAGAAGAUGUUUGAUGGGAAGGAACCUAGCAAAGGGAUUAAUCCUGAUGAAGCCGUGGCUUAUGGUGCUGCUGUCCUCGGAGGCAAUCUCACUAGCGACCGAGCUGGAGUUGGUAAUUUUGCAAAUCUUUCGAAGCCCUACCAGCUGGUUUACCAAGGUGAACGAACCCUGACCAAGGACUGCCUUCUGCUCGGAAGUUUUACACUAACAGGGAUUCAAGCGGCUCCAAGUGGAGCUGUGCGUAUGGAGGUGACAUUCGAGGUUGAUGCGGAUGGAAUCCUAACCGUCACGGCCAAGGAGGAAGCCACCGGGAAUUCUAGGUCCCUUACCAUUGACAACUACAAGAAGAAUUUGAGUUCAAGGGAGAUUGAGAGGAUGAUACGAGAGGCAAGGGAGAUGGCGGAGCACGACAAGAAGGAGAGAGAACGUGUUGAAGCAGGAAACCAAAUGGAACAAGACAUUUAUGAUUUGAACAAGGCAAUAGCGGAAAAGCUUCAUAUGUAUGGUGGUGACAAGACUACUGUGGAGAGGGCUUCGAGAGAAGCUUCAGACUGGUUUGAUAACAACAACAGUGCAAGCAUGCAAGAGUACAAGGAUAGAAGCACCACCUUCUCCUGCGUCGCUGUCGCUCGAAAGGGUCGCGCCGUCGAAAUCAUAGCCAACGAGCAAGGCAACCGGACCACCCCUUCCUACGUGGCCUUCUCCCCCGCCGCCGCCGGCUCCGAACGUCUCAUCGGCGAAGCCGCCAAGAACCAGGCCACUCUCAACCCGCGUGGGACAAUUUUCGACGUCAAGCGACUCAUCGGGAAGAAAUUCGACGACCUAGAAGUCCAGAGUGAUCUAAACUACUUGCCCUACCCCAUCGUGGAAAGAGAUGGGAAGCCUUGCGUUCAAGUUGAAGUCAACGGCGAGCUGAAAACCUUCACCCCGGAAGAAAUCAGCGCCAUGGUGCUGGGGAGGAUGAAGGAGACCGCGGAACUGUACCUUGGGAAGCAAGUAACCAACGCCGUGGUCACCGUCCCGGCCUACUUCAACGACUCACAAAGGCAAGCCACCAAGGACGCCGGCACCAUCGCCGGGCUCAACGUUGUGCGGAUAAUCAACGAGCCCACGGCCGGCGCCCUGGCAUACGGCGUGAACCAGGAUUCGAAGAGGAAGAGGACCAUUCUGGUGUUCGAUUUGGGCGGCGGGACGUUCGACGUCAGCGUUUUGAACAUCGACAAGGGUGAGUUCCGGGUGCUGGCCACCGGCGGGGACACUCAUCUCGGCGGUGGGGAUUUCGACCAGAGAGUGAUGAAGUAUUUCGUCGAUUUGAUCAAGCGGAAGUACAACAAGGAUGUUACUCAAGACCCCAAGGCUAUUGGGAAGCUACGUAGAGAAUGCGAGAGAGCCAAAAGGGUACUGAGCAGUCAGACACAAACUAGAGUGGAGAUUGACUGCUUCAUAGACGGGAUGGAUUUCUUCGAGCCACUGUCGAGGGUGAGGUUCGAGGAUUUGAAUUCGGAUAUGUUUGAGAAGACAAUGGAAGUGGUGAGGUCGACGCUGAAGGAUGCAAAGGUGGAGAAUAAGGAACAGAUCGACGAGAUAGUGUUGGUUGGAGGAAGCACGAGAAUCCCCAUGGUGAGGGAGAUGUUGAAGAAGGAGUUCGACGGGAAGGAGCCGAGCGAAGGGAUCAACCCCGACGAGGCCGUGGCUUAUGGUGCUGCUGUCCAAGGAGCCAUGCUCAGUACGGACCAAGACGAACUCGGUCUCGUUUUAUACGACGUCACUCCCUUGAGUUUGGGGAUCAAUAGCUACGGUGGUGUGAUGUCUGUGGUGGUGCCGAGAAACACAGUCAUUCCUGCAAAGAGAUCAAGUGGCAGGCGCAUUACUGUUGGAGACCAACAAACUUCUUUUAAUGUCGAGGUGUAUCAAGGUGAAAGGCCCCUGGUCAAAGAUUGCCUCUGGCUCGGAAGGUUUAGUCUGGACGGUAUUGCCGCGGCGCCAAGGGGAGUUGCGGCAAUGAAGGUGACGAUGGAGGUAGAUGCGGAUGGAAUCUUGAGCGUGACGGCCAAGGACGUAGCAAGCGAAAACAAUUCGAAAUCCAUCGCCAUCAAGGGCUACAAACGGAAGCUGAGUGAAGUGGAGGUGGAGAGGAUGGUAAGAGAUGCAAAGGAGAUGGCUGAGCACGACAAGAUGGCGAAAGCACGCGUGGAUUCGAGGAAUCGCUUGGAGAGGUACAUCUAUGAUCUGAAGAAGGAUGUGGCUGAGAAGGUUAGUAUGAAUGAUAGGGUUUUGGUGGAGACUGCUUUGACUGAAGCUUCGCGGUGGCUUGAUGACAAUGAGAAUGCAUGCAUGCAAGAUUACGAGGACAAAAAUCGGGAGUUGAAAGAACUAUGGGAGUCGUACUUCGUAAAAAAUGAAACUGAUUAA